AUGGAGGCCUUGCCGGUGGAGACGAUCGUGGAGAUCAUGCGACAGUGCGACAGUAUCGGCGACCUUCUCGCACUUGCUUCUACAUACUUUGAUGACGCUCUCGUAGUGGUCAGAGCAACCGCUAUCGUCAAAGACUCCUACGCCAAGGGAGUGCUGCCACCCAGGCCCUUUCCCUUUGACCAGCUCGCGCACGGAAAGUCACCAGCAACGCUGGUUGAGUACCAGAAAGUCACCAACCUCAUUGAGUUUCUCAAGUUGAUCGAGGCUGAGUUCGCUCAUCUCUGGCGGAAGUACCUGCCAUACAUCAAAGAUGACCUUGAUGACCUCCGGCGCUCUUGGAAGGGCGCGUUGAAUGACAGCAUGCUCAAAGCCCUACUCAUGAAUGCUGCCCUGGCUGGGGAGAUGGCGGAGCCUUUUUGGAACGCCGGCCAAAAACUCAGCGAUCCUUCCGACACUGGUGCCAAGAUCCUGCAAUCAAUUCAGGACCCUGGAAGCCGUCAUCUGGGAGGCAGUUGGCAGCGCGACGAGUCUGGCAUGACUUGGGUCACACGUGACCACUACGCGGAAGUCAAGGAUUGGCUCAACGACAAAGACAUUCAGUAUCUCGAGACAUACACCGCCUACAGAAAUGACAGAUACACGGGUCUCAGCAAGGAUCUCAGCAACACAACCUUCGGCAAGCUAGCAAAGCACUUCAGGCUCGAGAACAAGUCCGCCGACUGUUUUCUUCCUCGAGUGUUUCAGACGACCUUGAGGGACAUUCAGGACUAUGCCUUUUUCGAGCAUCCCGAAGAUCAAGAGAACCUUCCUCCCGAAGCCCAUGCCGGAAGAAGAACCGUCGACUUUGUCCCAUUCGGAUGCUUCAACGUCCACACUUACGCAUUCGACGCCGUUGAGGGAGACUAUUGGGAGCCUGAGUUCUUCUGGGGACAGGUUGGUGGCAUUAGUCUGCUGAAGGCUCACAAGCCCCACGGCGUUGACUCGGGAGGAAAGUUCGCGGACCUUACCGACAUUCUGAGCUUCUAUCGGGGAGAUUUGGAUUACAUAUUCGAGAAGAAUGAUGAAAAGUACAAUUGCGGGUAUGAUCGUCGUUGUCAAGCCGAGGCCGACUGGGACACCCGAUGGAACAGGAUCAGGUGCGACGGAGACAUGGAUUGGUAG